ACAGUUCAGAACACGGGUGGUUGGUGCACACAGCGGGGACAGUUCAGAACACGGGUGGUCGGUGCACACAGCAGGGACAGUUCAGAACACGGGUGGUCAGUGCGCACAGCAGGGACAGUUCAGAACACGGGUGGUCAGUGCGCACAGCAGGGACAGUUCAGGACACGGGUAAGUCUGUGCGCACAACAGGGACAGUUCUGGACACUCACGGUAAGUGGCUUGCAGACCCUCAGCGGCAGGUGGCUCCAGACAGGGACAACCAGCGGUCAGCGUUCCAGGGAUGACCAGCGAUCAGCAGACAGCAUCCAGGGACGUGCAGCCACG